AGUCGCCUGUAAGGAAUGUUGACGUAUAAUUUGAUUGUGGACUAGUUAAAUUUCCCGCGUCAUCCACUUUUGUUACACACAAAGGAGUGACAAAGAAAGGGGUUUACUCCUAUGCAAAACAAACUGCGCGCGCUUUUUGUUUGGCAUCGCUGUCAACAGUGUCAUUCCGGUCACAUUUUUAAGUUUUAUCUCUUUCUUUUAUUUGGAAAGUGGUUGAUGUAUUAGUGACUCACGUGGCCAUGUAAAAACCGUAUAUUUGUGAUAAUCGUAGUUUUUUUAGUAGUGUUAAUCUUAACUUGUUAUUAAAACUUGCUUAAAAUGAAUCGCAAACGCGGAUUUGGGUUAGAAGAGUUACACAUAAAUGAGAGGCUAUCUACCAAGAAGGAACUGGCUGAGAGAGGACAUAAUCGUUCAUGUCCAGGACCUAUAAAAAUAAGGCGCAAUAUAAGUUCAAAAAGCUGCAACAAAAAACUUACCCUUCUAUGCUUUAAUAACAAUGCUACAUUGAGUCCUGCAUACAAUCCAAAUGAGAAAAACUCAUAUUUAGACCAAGUGUUUACCAAACAUGGUUGUUUGGGUGAAGGCAGCUUUGGCAAAGUUUACAGAGUCAGGAGUAAGGAAGACAAAAAGCUCUAUGCAGUUAAAUGGCUAAAGGCUAACAUUAGCUUUAAAGAUAGGCGAGCAGAAGUUAAAAAUAAUGAGACUAUUGGAUUUAAUGAAAAUUGUGUACAGUAUUUUAUGGCUUGGGAGGAAAACUGUGACACUUUUAUGCAACUUGAAUACUGCGAUAUGUCUCUUGCUGACUAUUCAAAAUUAAACAGUGAUAUACAUGAAGAAUUACUUUGGAAUGUUUUGUAUGACAUUAGCAAAGCCCUAAAUUUUUUACACAAAAAGAAUUUGCUGCACCUAGACGUUAAACCUGGCAAUAUUAUGAUGCGUAAAGGCGUUUUUAAGUUAGGAGAUUUUGGGUUGUUAGUUGACUUACAAGGGGAAAACCAAGUGUUGAAAUCCACUUUAUCAGAUGGAGACUCAAAAUAUCUUGCCGUAGAAGUAUUGGAAGGAAUUUAUACUAGUUCUUGUGAUAUUUUUGGUUUGGGACUUUCAAUUUUGGAACUAGCAACUGACAUAGAACUUCCUGAAUAUGGAAUGCUAUGGCAUCAACUGAGAAGUAUGGUUUUGCCCCCUAUGUUUUAUACAAGGGUAUCAAAAUCACUCCAAAAAUUGGUAGAAAAAAUGCUUCAACCAGAGUACAAGUUGCGGCCAUCAGCAGAAACUAUCUUAUUAUUUCCCAAAUUGGGCGAAAUUGCAAAGAGGGAUGAAAGAUUGGAGAGAGAAGACUUUGCCGCACCAUAUAUCAAGUCUGAUAAUGAAUAUCAGGUGGUACCUUUAUCACCUAUUCGUCUGAUGGACGCAAAUGACAACAAUAAUACUACGACGCCUCCUUGCAAUGGAAGGUCCUUGUAUCAAGGAUCCUCGGGAUUCUAUGAAGAACGUUGUAGAUUUAGAGAAUAUGAUAGGAAUUAUGACCGAAUUGAUAAAGAAAACCGAAGCAGACAUGUCUUAUUUCGCAGCCCUGAAUUGGAUGACGAAUUCGGUGAUUUGGCCAGCUGUCUUACCGAUUCUGGGAUGGAUUGUGAAGAAUCUUUGGGAACUGACAGGGAAGAUGAGCUUUUUGUUGUAGACUCUCUUCCAUCUUCAACUCCUGUUGUAAGACCUAGACAGACGAGGCGCAUUCCGAAAACAAAGCUUCAUUUUGGUGAAUAGUUUACUGGUAGGAGGUACAAGUUUUGGAAGAAAUUGAUAUUUAAGGUUAAAGCUGAGUUUAUAUUUGUGAUAUUAGUACAUAGAAUGAUUAUGUAAUGAAGUGUCCUUAAAUCAUAUUUUUUUAAAAGAUAGGUUUUUAGACAACAUUACAUAUUCAUGUGUGGACAUUAUUUAUGUGAUCAGUAAUUACUUAAUUCUUUAACAUAUUUGGAUACAUUUUUUUCGCGUAAGAGAAGAGAUGUUUCUUUUGGCUUGAAUAAUUAAUUAAGUAAAUGUACAAUAUCCAUUCAUUUUGAAAACAAGUAUUGUUAAUGAAUUAAAUAUAUUCAAUCAUUCAUCAUUAUCAUUAUCAAGAUGAUUACCAGUUUUAGGAGUCUUAUGGCAACACCUUAAACAUCAUCUUCCAAGUCAUAUUUUGUACGCAACUGACUGUAUUCCUUUAAAAAAAUUGCUUUAAAUUAUCUUCAAACCUUUUUGAAACCCAUAAAAAGUUGAGUUUAUUUUCGUUACUAACUACAAGUGUUACUCGGUAAAGAAAACCAUUACUAUUAUUUAUAAAUGUUGUUAAUUGUUUUGCAAAAGCAAUUGUGAUUAUAUGUAGAAGGCUGUAUAUUAUAGCAGUACAUAAGUUUCUUGUGCAAUUUGUUGUGACAGUAACAACAAACCAAUUUAUAGGUGUGUACACAUUUUAUUUAUUUUUAUUCAUAUGUUUUAUGCAGGUUAUAAAGCUAAUAAAUUUUAACAGUAACCCGGCUGAAAUAGGACAUCAAAUAUAUCACAAUCCACCCACAUUUUUGAUGUACACACCUAUAAAAUGCCUCAUUUUUAUAAAUUUUGCAUAUAUGCAGUAUCAACAUGAUGGUUAAUGAAAAGUAUAAAUCGUUUUCUCAGAUGUUUCGCAAAAAAAAACUUUUAGCACAGGUGAAUUUUUUGGAAGGAUUUAUUUCAAUCUUCCAUAUUUUUAACCUUUUUUCUCUUCUUAGUUAGUGGGUUCUGUUUCCACAUCUUCAAACCCGUAAUUUUUUGUUGUAUAUAGAAACCCCGAACGCUUUCUAUAUAGAACGUUUACAUCCUUUCACUUUCCGGUGUUAGCAUUUUUAUAGUCGAGUAAUCAGUUAAAAAGAAGAAAUCCUUAAAACCACCCUUAUUCUUAGCCUUUACUUAAAAAGUUUAACAGAACUUUUGAGAAGAAUGAACAGAACUUAACUAUUCGUUGUAAGGAAAAUGUUUUUUUAAAACUUCAUCUUUAAUUUAUUUAUGCUAAUAUAUUGCACAAUCAAAUCUUCAUCUUCUUCAUCAAUUUCAUAAUCUAUUUAUGCUAAUAUAUUGCACUGUACUGAUAAUACAGUGCUGAAAAAUAUGCUGGAAUCAAUAGUUAACUCUUAUAACCUCUUAUAGUCAAAAACAAGGAAAAAGUUUAGUAAGUUUAAGGACAGCAGCCCUUAAUUUUUUUACGAAAUACUGUUGGAAAAUUAAUGCGCAUACUUUUCGUUAUGUCACUCUGUAUAUGUAUGGCCUAGAUUUUAUUAUAUCGUACUUCGUUUUUUAUCUUUUAGUAUUUUCUUAACCUAUUUUGUUACUGUUGUAUCAGAGUUUUAAGUGCUAUCAGCAUAUAAAAAUUGCUACAAAUAUUUUCGGGCAUAUUUAAUCUUUUUUUUUAAUUGUUUUAAUUACAUGUACAUUUAAUGAAAUAUACAAUUUAUUUACUUGCACAUUAAUAUGGACUUAAAAAAAUAAAUGUUUCUAAAGUCAAUUUAAUAUUACAUGUGGAAUAUAUCCACAUUAUUUAUUUAUUAUUUUUUUAGAAAUAGUCUUUGCUUAAGAGUUUAGUAGUGGUAAAUGACUAUGUUGGUAAUAUAUUUUCAUACCUCACUAAGUAACGCACUUCAUAUUUAUUUUUAUUUAAAUUUUACGUUUAAUACAAGGAAAAUAUUAUGCAAUUUUUGAGGUUUUUAUUAGGAAAUUUAAAUUUCUGUAGAAAUUAAAGAGAUUUUUGGAGCAAUAUUUAUUUAUAAUACACGCGUAUUUGAGGUUCCUAUAUUAAAACCAUAUGUGAUGCAAUAAAUGUAAAAAUAAGGUUCUCGCAAUAUUAGGCUAAAAAACUCGGAAAAAUACUUUUAUUUCAGAAUGUAUAUUUUAGUUUUUAGUUUCAUUUUUCAGAUACACCUCAACCGGGUUGUACAGGUUGGGUUGUAAGGUAAUGAAGCCAGUUUUAGAAUUAUCACUGGCUUUGUUUUUUUUUUUUCAUUUUAGUUACUUAUGCAUUUAUUUAUUUUGUCAUGUUUAUUUUUAGUUUAUCAUGUUGGUUGGUUAAAUGUUCUGUGGUGGAUUUGUGAUUUUAGUUUAGUAUUUUUGAAGAGUUUAUUUUUGUGUUAACCAUACCUAUUAGCUUAUUAAUACAUUUUUCUAUAACAAAAA